UCAAUGUUUCCAUAGCAACGCAACUUAUUUAUUUCUGCGAUUUCGGCACUCUUUGUUAGUUAGUAUUUUUUGUAAACCAUGGAUGCUGUAGAACCAAGCAGCAUUGACACCGAAGCUCAAGCUGAUAUCCCAGAGCCUGAUGUCGAGGACACAUCAUUAAAAAUAAGACCCCUUGAACGUAUCAAGUUACACCCGAAAGUUCCCCCAGAACCAUCUGCUUAUGGAAAAGGAAAGAGUUACAGUCGUCCAUGGAUUCUGCAGGAUGGCAGGGAAGCGCCUGCUAAAGGCAGCGAAAUGAGAAACCAAUAUAAAGUUCCAAAAAAACCUCCACGUACUGUAGGUAUUCGGAAGCAAAUGUUAAAAGACUUUUUCUGGGAGCAAAUGUUAGAGGAAGUGGUAGACGAAUUGAAAAUGACUACUCCUGUCACCGAGUACUGCACCGAAUACGAUGCCAACUAUGUGAAGGAUGAUUUCGAGCCUCGCAACUUAGAAAUCCCUCUGGACAAAAACAUGCACCUAAAGUAUCCCUUAUAUGGAACCGGGUCUAGUGCUGUUACUUUUUACAGUGAGACUACCCAGAAGACCGGGCCGGGUGAAAUUCUGGAAAAGUUCCGAAGAUGCCAGUAUUUUACCAAGCCCAUGGAAGAGAGAUUGGACGAUGGUUGGGUAUUGUAGAUUCUCAGUUAGGAAGCU